GUUUGAUCGUUAAGAUGAGAUGCCGUUAAGAUAACUUCAGCCUUCAGUCCAUAAAUGGGCACGUGAGGUCGCCCGUCCACUGAAGUGUCUGUACGUGUGCAGUACAUCGUACUGUUAGAACCUAGCUCCUCCCUCUGAACUUUGGAAACGUUUGUGCUUUCUGCUGCUGAACGUUCACAUGUUCUCUUCUCUUCGCCUCAGCCACAAAAAGAGCAUCAUGACAAGAGCGUCAGAUGUCUUCAUUUUGCUGUUCCUCCUCCUCUCAGGGGGGAGGGCCUUCAUGAUUCACAACACCCACCACAGCCUCUGUCUGGAGGACUCACCUUCAGGUCAGGUACUGUUGAAGAGGUGCAGCCUGGACUCAGAGGACCAGCAGUGGGUGUGGACGUCAGAGGGACAGCUGAUGUGCGUUGGAUCAUCCAGGUGUUUGUCAGCUGAGCAGAAAGACUCGGUGAAGAGCAGCUCCUGUGAGGGGCCGGAGGGGGAGGCAGCGGGGUUACUGUGGGACUGUGACAGGGACAGACUGGUCAGCCGGGACACGUCUCUGCUGCUGUCAACUGAUGGUCAUCGCCUGACCCUGAGUCUCCAUGGACAACACUCAAGGUGGAGAUCUGUGGACAAGGGCGACAUUUGCCAGGAAAAACUCAGACUCAGGAGGUCAUCCGAUGAUCCAGAUGAUUUUCAGGUGGCUGAUGACAAGGCAGCAGAAGUCGACAGUUUGACUGAGGAACAGAAGGCGUAUCUUCGCUGGUACUAUCGAACGGAGGAUCCCUCAACAUGGAAGUUUGUUCUGCUCGGUGUGGCCUUCGUCUGUCUCCUUAUUGGUUUUCUGCUGCUGGGCAUGGGUUCCAUGGCCAACAAGAGCAGAAAAAAGAUAGCAAAGUACAAGGCAGCAGCAGCAGGAUCUCUGAUCAGGAAAAACGGAACUGAGGAGCUGCAGAUGGUCUCGCCCCUCAAAGAAGACGGAAACUUCAAACCUCCACCAUCUCCAGUCAUGCUGGGAAGCAAAACCGUCUCCACCAAUGGAGAGGUGGAUCAGCUCGGAGCAGGAGCUAUCACGAUCACAUGGAAAGAUGGAAACACCUCCUGUCUGUACCCUGAUCCUGAGGCUGAAGCACAGGAGGAGGUGGAGGAGGAAAAACAGGAGGUGGUGGUGUCGGUCGCGGAGACCCAUGCUUACGAUGAAGCAAAGAUGAUGGAGUGAAGAGUUGAGAUUAAAGAAUGGAUGGAUCAUCUCAGCACAGGGCGGAGGAAGUGGUAUUACAGUAGAGUUACUGGUUUGAUACUCAGAAGUUACAGCACAUACGUACUGUACUCAGCAAUCCUACAGGUGUCUUUUUUAUUUUUCUAAAGUGUCUAAUAAACAAUAUAUCAUAAA